AUGGCUCCCGAUUUAAACUCCGUCCCGCCAUCUCCACGCCCGCCCGCUGCUGCACCCGCUGCUGCACCCGAUGCUCCGCCGUCCGCCUCGAGCUCUCCGGUUGUCUCACGGCGCGUAUCGCAGGCCAUGGGUCCUCCUCCGAUCCCGAUCACUUCCCCUUCGUCGAAUGCCGCUGUUUCGGCGCCUGGGUCGGGUGAUAACACGGGCGUUGGCGUUGGACCAGGCCCCCUUCGUCAUCCCCGUCCCAUGACUGCUGCCGAUCUACAUUUGGUUCUGGAGAAGGAGCAGGAGGCGAUGGUCAAUCGCUUGACAAGAGAGCUUUCCAUGCUCCGCCAGCAGACAGCCUCGGUCGCGUCCACCGCAUCGUCCACGUCGACCGGACUCAAUGAUCCCACCGACGCACUUCAGAGCUCCCAGUACCUCUCGGGCCCCAGCCAUCCUACUUCGUCCCGCAGACAUCGAUCCUCCUCGAGCUUAAGUUCAAGCAUCCCAGGCAGCGCCGCGGCGCGGGCAGCCAGUGUGACAAGUAUUGCACCGUCGCGGGACACUGGUCUUCCUUCAUCGCGCCCUUCCGGAGAAUACCCUCGUGUGGGGCGCAGUCGAGAGCCCUCCAUCACGUCUCCGCGACAACCUGCGUCUCCUUUGCUACCCCAUGGCGAUGUGUCUCAUUCGUCCCAGUCCCAGGCGCACCGCAAUUCGCUCUCGCAGUCUGCCGGAGCGGGAGCGCCUCCCGAAAAUCCCCGUUCAACAUCGUUCUCGUCGAGUCGCUACGAGGAGGCAGCGUACCAUCGGGCGGAACUGGAAGCCAUGAAACGAGAGAACGAGAUGCUGCGUCGCCGCGUGAGAGAAUUGGAACAGGCUCUCAAGGCAUAUCGAGAAGGCCAAGUGAACGACGACCCUACGGCCUCAGCUUCCAGCCUCGUGAGUGGGGUGAGAGAUGUGUCGAUUGAAGAGACGCAAUGA